AUGCGGUGGCAGGACCGCGUGGCCGUGCUCUUCUUUCCACAGGGCAUGAUGCUCACUGUGGCUGCCCUGAUAUUCUUCUUUGUGCACCUGGGCGUCUUUGCCAGCGACGUGCACAACUUCUAUGUCACCCACCACUACGACCGCAUGAGCUUCCAGUACACGAUUGUCCUGAUGUUCUCCCAGGUGAUCAGCAUCUGCUGGGCCGCCAUGGGGUCGCUCUACGCUGAGAUGACAGAGGACAAAUUUCUUCGGUGCUUUGCUCUGGUCAUCCUGAUACUAAAUGGAAUCAUGUUCUUCAACCGCCUGUCCCUGGAGUUUCUGGCCAUCCAGUACCGAGAGGAGAACCACUGA